AUGACGGCAAACGACCAAUGCCCGAAGAAAUCACGCCGUCUAUUCGUCUGGGACCGCUCGUCGAAAGUGCAAUUCCUUGUGGAUACCGGGGCAGACCUCUGCGUCUUCCCCCGACAACGACUCCGUGGCUCGCAUGCAAAGUCCUCUUACGAACUUUCAGCAGCCAACGGCACCCCGAUAGCAACAUACGGGUUUGUCACGCUUUCGCUCAACUUGGGACUAAGACGCGACUUCACUUGGAGGUUCGUCAUCGCAGACGUCUCCAAGCCAAUCCUCGGCGCAGAUUUUUUGGCUCACUACGGACUCUUGCCAGACCUGCAAAAUAGCCAGCUGAACGACUCGACCACUCUGCUUACCUUCAAAGGAAAGGUGACCGAGUGCGAAGAACCAAGCAUAAAAACGAUCAGCGGGUCAUCAAUGUUUCACGAUUUACUGCGAGAGUUCCCGGAGAUCACACGCCCAGAUGGCGCACCCCGGCAGGUAAAACAUAAUACUAAACAUUACAUUUUAACCACACCAGGGCCACCAGUCGCGCAAAAACCGCGACGGUUAGCUCCAGACAAACUUAGAGCAGCCCAAAAGGAGUUCAACAAGAUGGUUCAGAUGGGUAUCGCCCGUCCAGGAAAAGGAUCGUGGGCAUCGCCUCUUCACAUGGUUCCCAAGAAAGGGGACGACGAAUGGCGAGCCUGCGGCGAUUAUCGCGCAUUGAACGUGCGGACGUACGCAGACAAGUACGGAGUACGACAUAUCCAGGAUUUCUCUCAACAUCUGGCGGGUAAGAAAUUUUUUUCAAAUAAAUAA